AUGUCCGAAUUCUUCAAGGCUAGCAUCAAGCACAAUGCCUCAAUUCGAAGGGACAGACGCCUCCACAAGCUUGACGAUGACAUAGGCGUGAGCAUCAUGGACUUGGCCAAUUUACCCAACGAGACCAGUAUUUUCACGGAAGUGGCCGCGGAAGAAAGACCAGCUUCAAGCUGUACGAUCAGACCUAAUUCUACUGCGGCCCUGAAUGGAUCAUGGGCACUCAGCCCACUUGCACCGCCCAGCUUCUCAUCAGCCGCGAGCCGCCCGGCCGUUCCUAUCCAGCUGCACCUGAGCUCUGCCAUGCUCUACUUGGAUCACGUCUUUCCCUUCCUGUUCCCAUUCUAUCAGCCGCCUCUGAUCGAGACUGGACGGCAGUGGCUCUUAGGUCUCCUCUGUCAGAACGACGUCUCGUUCCAUUUAGCCUCUAGCCUAAGCGCAUACUUUUUCUCACUCGUCCAGAAUGAUGGACAUACGCACGACGACUGCAGAGACAUCGUAUGGAACAAACUGAUUGAGCAGAUGGACCUCGCUCUCAGCUCGAUUCAAAACAGCAUCUCUGAAACACGAGGGACGCUGCUUGAUAAGAUUAGGGUCAUGCAAGAUAUUGGUCAGUUUCUUGUAGUGGAAGUCAUAGUUCGUACUGAAGCGGACUGGAUGAUCCACCUUACUCCAGCGAUGUGCCUCUUUGACGAAAUCUUCGCGAGACACGAGCCAAAAGGAUCGCCGUCGAGUAUUACUGCACUGUUACAGGCCCUGCCGUCGGGAAUUCCACCACAUAUUGUGCAUCACAAAAGCCUGCCUAACACGGCAGACCAGUCAGCUCUUAUCUUCUUUGCAUCUCUCUUACUCUUUGUGGACAUCAUCGCGAGCACUGCCUUGGGAUCUACACCAUCUCUACGCAAACAUCACAGCCUUCUUAGCGACUUAAGGUUGGAGAAUGUGGUAGGCUGUCAAACUUGGGUACUCGAAGCCAUCGCCAGCACAUCGGCUCUCUGUGCCUGGAAGCAGGACGCCAAAGAACGAGACAAACUUUCUUUUUUCCAGUUGAUCAGGCUCGCAAACCCGAUAUCGACAUCUCUAGAGAAAGGUCUUGCAGAGCUGGAUUCCCUGCCAUCCCUGACUAAACCCAGACUGAGUGCUUAUUACGCCCUUGGUCACGUUGAUCGCGAGCGCGUCAUAGCGACGAAGAUAUGGGCCAACGCUGCACUCAUCUAUCUCUCCGUCAGCGUCUUUGGAUGGCAGGUCAACAACGUCGAUGUUCAGAGCAGCAUCUCUCGGGUAUUAUCUCUGGUGGAGAACAUUGACUCACCUGCACAGCUACGGUCCUUGUCGUGGCCGCUUUGCAUAGUAGGUUCCAUGGCAUCAACAGAGCAGGAACAAUCUUUCCGACGUAUUGCUACCGGCCGAGGCGCAUUAGAUCGAUUCGGGACUCUCUCCACCGCACUGUGCAUCAUGGAAGCGAUCUGGAACUCUAUAGAUGUUGAUAGAAGUGACUGGGAGAUAUCAACGGCUUUAAACGUCCUUGGCUCACCAGCACUGCUCUUUUGA